AUGUGCUCGACGCCGAGACUGCCGACGCCAGGCUCCUUGCUCACCGUGCGGGUGUCCUUCGUAGACGUGCAACCCGAGGUGAUCCCUGUGCAGCUCUGGGGGCUGUUGGGCGAGCGGCGGCAGGAAUACGUGCGGCUCAGCCGGGAGAUCCAGGAGGCGGCGGCCACGCGCGGCCCGUGGGCGCUGGGAGGCGCUUCGGCAUCGCCGGGCGAGCUGUGCCUGGUGCAGAUGGGGCUGCUGUGGCACCGCUGCCGCGUCGUCAGCCAGCAGGCGCAGGAGAGCCGCGUCUUCCUGCUCGACGAGGGCCGCACCAUCACGGCGGGCGCCGGCUCGCUGGCGCCUGGGCGCAGGGAGUUCUUCUACCUGCCCUCGGAGGUGCUGUGCUGCGUCCUGGCUGGCCUGGUGCCGGCGGGCGACGGCGGCGCGGGCGGUGGUGAGCCCCAGCACUGGCCGCCCAGCGCCACCGACUUCCUUAGCAACCUACAGGGCAAAGAACUGCAAGGGCGCGUCCUGGACGUGUUGCUCACUCGUCGCCUAGUCCUUCUGGAGGUACCCGAUCUGUUACAGCGCAUGCAGGAGCUCGGCCUGGCCCGCCAGGUGCCCGAGCCCCUCUUCCGCUCGCUGCUCAAGCGCCAUCUCAACUCUCUGACCAGGGGCCUGGAGCCUGGGGGCCCUGUCCUGCCUCGAGUCCUGCCCAAGCAACAGCAGCCUGGGCUCGAUUACUUCUACCCACAGCUGCAGCUGGGCGUCACGGAGCCCGUGGUGGUGACCCAGGUGUGCCAUCCCCAUCGCAUCCAUUGCCAGCUCCGGAGCCUGUCGCAGGAGAUCCUCCGGCUCUCUGACAGCAUGGCCCAGGUGUACAGGGGGUCAGCCGGGUCUGGGGAAGAGAACCCGAUCAGCGCCAACUGGGAGGAGAAGGAGGACAAAGAAGAGAGCCCAGACAAGCCAGGCGCACCGUGCGCCUCGUGUGGGUUGGAUGGACGUUGGUACAGGGCGCUGCUGCUGGAAACAUUCCGGCCUCAGCGCUGUGCCCAGGUGCUUCACGUAGACUACGGAAGGAAGGAAUUAGUGAGUUGCAGCAGUCUCAAGUACUUGCUGCCAGAAUAUUUCCGAAUGCCAGUGGUGACCUACCCUUGUGCUCUGUAUGGACUCUGGGAUGGCGGGAGAGGCUGGUCGAGGUCCCAGGUCGGUGACCUGAAAGCGCUGAUCCUGGGCCAGGCAGUGAAUGCCAAGAUUGAGUUUUACUGUUCCUUUGAGCAUGUGUACUAUGUCACGCUGUAUGGAGAAGACGGAAAGAAUCUAAACAGCGUGUUUGGAGUCCGCUUGUGUUGCCUGGCUGACAGAUUCCUACAGGACCAGGGAAGAGAUGAGGAGGAGGAGGAGGAAGAGCCUGAUGCUCUUGAAGCUCAAUCUCCUUCUGAAGAGAUGGAGGCAGAGAUGUCAUCCUCAGCCUUACGAUCUAUCAGGUUGAAGAUGAAUGCCUUCUACGAUGCCCAGGUAGAGUUUAUUAAAAGUCCUUCUGAGUUUUGGAUUAGGUUGAGGAAACACACUAGCACCUUCAACAAGCUGAUGAGAAAAAUGUGCAGUUUCUAUUCCUCAGCUGCUAAACUGGAUGGUGUAGUUCUGAAACCCGAACCUGACGAUCUGUGCUGUGUCAAGUGGAAAGAAAAUGGCUAUUAUAGGGCCAUCGUCACCCGAUUAGAUGACAGAAGCGUAGAUGUAUUCUUGGUUGACCGAGGCAAUUCAGAAAAUGUGGACUGGUAUGAUGUCCGGAUGUUGCUGCCUCAGUUUAGGCGGCUCCCCAUAUUGGCUCUGAAAUGCACUCUAGCUGAUAUCUGGCCUUUGGGGACAAGUUGGAGCCAGGAGGCAAUUUCCUUUUUUAACAAGACUGUGCUCCACAAAGAAUUAGUGAUCCAUGUUCUUGAUAAGCUGGACCAUCAUCAGUAUGUUAUUGAGAUUCUUGAUGAAUCGAGAGCAGGGGAAGAAAAUAUUAGUAAGGUCAUUGCUCAAGCUGGAUAUGCUAAAUAUGAGGAAUUUGAAGCAAAGGAUAAUAUCCCAGUCAGUCUGUAUUCCCCAAGCCAUUUUACUGCAGCAAAUAACAAAAUAUCUGCUAUUAAGAAAGUAGACCUGAAAACAGAUAGAGAUUCUAAAACUGCGUUUGUUUCAGAAGCUUUGCCUGGCAUACCAAUGGUUGGAAAUGUUUCGGCUGGAUUUAUAUGGCAGGGAAAAGAGGAAAGAUCAUUGGUUUUUACUCCACUUACACCGAAUUUCUUGCAAAUCAAGCUAGGCUCUCCUUGUAAAGGAGAUCUAGAAGUUGGAAGCACAGUGGAAGUCAGAGUGUCUUACGUUGAAAGCCCUGGUUAUUUCUGGUGCCAGCUGACUAAGAACAUGCAAGAAUUUAGAAUACUAAUGAGUAAUAUUCAGGACUAUUGCAAAAAUAUAGCUGCACCUUAUCGGGGAACGACCCCAGCUUGUUUGGCAAAACGGACAGUAAAUGGAAAAUGGGCCAGGGCUUUGAUUAGUGAGACACAAUCUGCAGAACACGUCAAAGUAAUGUUUGUCGAUUAUGGAAACAAAGAUACGGUACCUUUGAAGAGUAUUUAUUCAAUCAGUGAAGAAUUCCUUACAGUUAAGACUCAGGCUUUUAGGUGCAGUCUUUAUAAUUUAAUUCAGCCAACUGGUCAGAAUCCCUUUGUUUGGGAUGAGAAGGCAAUACAAGAGUUUAAUGAGUUUAUAUAUAAUACAUGUGAAAGUAGUCUAGAACUAAAAUGUACAAUAUUUGCUUUGGCAUCCAUGGGCGAUGAAGAAUUCUUUAAUGUUGUGGAUCUGCUAACACCCUUUCAGAGUGCAUGCCAUACUUUGGUCGAAAAGGGCUUUGCAAGACCAGUAAAACUUCAGAAGCCUCUAGAUCCUGCUGUUCAGCUGCAUUCCUACUAUUAUUCUACACAUGAUAUGAAAAUCGGAAGUGAGGAAUUGGUAUAUAUAACUCAUGUUGAUGACCCCUGGACCUUUUAUUGUCAACUGGCAAGAAAUGCAAAUCUUAUAGAACAGUUGUCAUGUAACAUUAUACAGUUAAGUAAAGUUUUACUGAAUUUAAAAACAUCCCCCGUGGGCUGUGGAACCUUGUGUCUUGCCAGGUAUACUGAUGAAAACUGGUACAGAGGGACAGUAAUAGAAAAAGACCCAAACAAGAUCUUCUUUGUUGAUUUUGGGAAUGUUUGUGUGGUAGCCUGUGAUGAUGUGCUUCCCAUACCUAGUGAUGCAUAUGAUGUCUUACUCUAUCCCAUGCAAGCUGUUAAAUGUUCAUUGUCUGAUAUUCCUAGUGAUAUACCAAAAGCAGUCACAGAGUGGUUUCAGGAGAUGGUUUUAGACAAAUCCUUGAAGGCACUAGUGGUGGCAAAAGAUCCUGAUGGAAGACUCGUUAUAGAACUGUAUGACGGCACUGUUCAAAUUAAUGCCCGUGUAAAUGAAAAGCUAGGGCUUCUGGGUUACAAAGACAAGGAGAGAAAGAAAGAAGAAAGUAAAAUACUUCUCUUUACAACAGAGCCUCCUGAAGAAGAUAAAGAAAAUAUGAGGUCACCUAGAAAAUAUUUGAGUAAGUUGGCAGAGGACAAAUUUUGCAGUCAGGAGAUCUCGGGAGACUUACACACAUCUAAAACCAGGUCAUCAUUUAAGCCACACCCGUUUUCACAGAGUUCCAUAAAGGCACACUUUCCAUCCCAGAACUCUGUGGGAAAUAAAAGCAAUGAAGUGUCUCCAUCAAAAACAGAAAAGGAGAGAACUUUUGCUAAGUCACCUUUAAAGGGCCCCAAACUAGACUUCACUGCAUCUGAGAAAAUGCCAAGAGACUCUCAUAAAGAUUUGCCUAUCAAAUUUUCUGAUUUCCCUCAGAAGACUAUAAAACCUGGCUUUAGAACAACCAUUUAUGUUUCUCACAUAAAUGACUUUUUAGACUUUUAUGUUCAACUGUUAGAAGAUGAAGCUGAAAUUAAUUGCCUUUCGGAAAGACUGAAUGGUGUGAGAACAAGGCCUGAGUAUUAUGCAGGUCCACCUUUGCAAAGAGGGGAUGUAAUAUGUGCUGUUUUUCCAGAAGACAAUUUAUGGUAUCGAGCUAUGGUCAAGGAGAAAAAACAUAAUGACCUUUUAUCUGUACAGUUUAUAGAUUACGGCAAUGAUUCUGUGAUUGCUACUAACAAAAUAGGUAGCCUCAACCCAGUUAAUGCAAUGUUACCAGGAUUGUGCAUUCACUGUUCAUUAAGGGGCCUUUGGACUCCUGAGAUGAUAAACCACGAGGAAAUGACACAUUACUUUUCCCAAAGGACAUGUGAGGCUCAAAUACAAUGUGAGUUUGUUACAUUUCAAGAUAGAUGGGAAGUGGUUCUUGCUGAUGAACAUGGGAACAUAGCAGAAGAUAUGAUCAGCAGAUUUAGUUUCACUGAAAAAUCUCAAGAAGGAUUUUCUACCCAAGUAAUUAAAGGUGCUCAUGCAAAGUCUGUUAAUAGAUCAGACGUUGAUACGUCAGUAUUUCUUAACUGGUAUAAUCCAGAUAUGAAGACGGUGAGAGUUUACGCAUCUGUUAUAAAUGGACCUGAAUACUUUUGGUGUCAGUUUGCCAAUACUGAAAAACUUCAGUAUUUAGAAGGGGAAGUCCAGACUGCUGGAGAAAUAGGAACAAAGUGGGGAAAUAACAUUACAUAUCCACAUGUAGGAGAUCCCUGCAUUGUCAAGUACAGAGAAGAUGGGAAGUUCUAUAGGGCUCUUAUCACUAAUAUUUGUGAAGAUUAUCUAGUAUCUGUCAGGCUGGUAGACUUUGGAAACCUUGAAGACUGUGUGGACCCAAAAACACUCUGCAGUAUUCCUCCUGAACUUCUCUUCCCCAUACAAGCCUUCCCAUGUUGCCUCUCAGGAUUUAACAUUUCAGAAGGAGUGUGUUCUCCAGAAGGAAAUGACUAUUUUUUUGAAAUAGUAACUGAAGAAGUGUUGGAUCUAACCAUCCUAGAGCUUAAAAAGGAUGUCUGUGAUAUCCCAUUAGCAAUCGUUGACUUGAAAAGCAAGGGUGAAAGUAUUAAUGAGAAAAUGAAAAAGUACUCUAAGAGUGGUGUGCCUACAAGUGACCCACCCUGUGAAAAAAGUGAUUCAGAAACACAGCGAAGCUGUGAGUUGCCCAGCCUCGACGGUGAACAUAAGAACCAAAGUAAUGAAGCAGAAAAGGAUGAAACAGUAAUGGUGGAACGGCAGGUAGAUGAGAUUCCUGAAAAAAUGGAAAAGGAUUUAGACAUUAUUGAAAUCAAAUCACUGGAAUCCUAUGAUCAUGAAACAAAACCUAUUUUUGAAGCCUUUGAAAAUUCAGAAGAGGAGCUUGGUAGUAAGGUCUUGGAAGAUAAACUAGAGUCCCCUUUGAUAGACGAAACAACGUUCGGUAAAAAUCUAAGUAAUGCACAUAACGAGCUGGCCCCAUGUGCAAAUGAACCAGAAGAGAUACAGAAAGUAAAUUCACCUCCAGUACUCCUUUCUCCACAUAGUGAGUCGAAGGACUUAUUAGAGCUCGAAUCCAUUGAGUCACAGCUUUCUCUAUUUGGGAAGGAAAGGAAAGAUGAAUUCAGCCUGAUGCCUCCACUUUUCUCCCAAGGCUGUGACACAGAAGCCACCAUGGAUCCAUUUCUAGAGCAGUUUCCACCCCAGGCUAAUGCAGAGAAACAUCUGGAAUUGACAUUCGCUGCAGCCCAGCUGUCCCUAGAGGAUAAAAUAAAUGCUUUGUCUCUAAGACUUAGUCAGAAAGCCCAAGAGUCUGCAUACGCUGAAGUCCCCAGAAUGUCCAGUUACGCAGGGUGUUUUGAUGAGCAGCCCAGCAUCCUGUUCGAUCUCCAUGGAAAGAAUGACAGUCUCAAACUGCCAAGUGAAAUGAGUAUAUUUAAAGAAUUGGCAGGAUAUAAAAACAGGGAUAUAAUUUCACCACUGACUUCUUUGUUCUCUGAAGAAGAAUCUGGAGAUGAAAGAAAGCACAAUAAUAUUUUACUGGAUCCUAUCUCAGCCCAACCAGAGAACACAUAUACACUAAAAGGAUUUACUGUUGGAUCCAAAUGUGUUGUGUGGUCAAGUCUAAGAAACAUGUGGUCUAAGUGUGAGAUACUGGAAACAGGUGAAGGAGGGACAAAGGUUUUGAACCUUUCAAAUGGUACAGAGGAGAUCGUAGAUCCUGAGAAUGUGUGGAACGGCAUACCUAAUUUGGAGAAGAGUCUGUCUGAGCUGAGCAAUUCAGACCAUGAUUGGCAUCAAACCUUGGUUACUAAACGCUGUUUUCCAGACAUAGUUUGGGACAUCAGAUUUAAGACCCAUUGGAGCUUUGGAGAAUCUCUAGAGUCACCAUAGGUAGUUCAGGUUUACCGUUCAAGCAUGUUGAACCAGGGCAAUCUGUAUGGCCAGGUUGCCAGAUGCAUUCACACCCUACAGACUCUGGCCUUCUUUGCCAGGUUUGGUUGGUCAAUGUAUAGUCAAGAAGAUGUGCCCCAAGUUAUUAGAGAGUAGGUUGUGUUUGAAUAGCACCUAACAAACCUGUUCAGGAGCUGGAGACGGCAUGGCAGAAUUGUCCCCCAGUGAACACCACCUGAACAACUUGUGUUUAAGACAGUGAUGAUCCUUGGCCCCCAGCUGAAACCAUGGGAAGACUGUGAAGAAGCCCUCAGGGAGGCCCAUAAACCUCAGCUAGCCCAAUGA